UCAGAUAGUAGGUGUGCUUAAAGCUUAGGGUUCGUGUCUUUUAAGGAUUUCAAGAAUGGGAUAAAGGAACAGGGGAGCAUAGGCUUGACGUGGUGUCAUGGUGUCUCUCUGGUGAGAGACAUUAUACCAUCAUCCAUUACAGUCCUCCAGAUAUUCUGUAAGAUUAAUUUAACACAAAGAAUUUAUUGAUCCUGUUUUUUUCCAAGAUAGUGGUGACCCUUGAGCAGUGGAAACAUGCCAUUGAGGGCUGCUUGCCCCACCUUAAGAUAGGGUCAGUUGCUUGCUAAUCACCAUUAAAUAUGUUAGAUAGCUUAUCUCCUAACUCCUGUUUUUUAAAAUGGAAUCUUAGCCUUAAGAUGGAGUCACUCCAUUCUUACUACACUGUUUAUAUCUCAGUAUUUUUCACCAUAGGCAGGAAAAGUUAACCAUGAUGCUUCUCCCAGGUCCCUGCCCUGCCUCAAGAGCAAAUAGAAAUCAUGUUUUUGAAUUUUUCCUGCACUUCUUGCAUCUCGGUUGUUGCUUUGGUGUCACGUGCAACCAGGCUUACAGUGCCCCCAUCUUAUAACACUGCUCAAAGAUCAGUGUGCCAAUCAAAGUUACUGAGGCCCUGCCCCAGGGCAAGGCCUUGGUUAGGUGCUGUGGGGAGGCAUGGACUACAGGGAGUGAUGCUCGAUAUGCAAGCUUCUGGUUUUGUGGGGCAACGAAACAUUGCAUGAGUGACGAGGCUGUCUGGCAUUAGCCAAGGAUGAAUUUGCCUAGUGGAGAUAUUUGCUCACCCUCCUUCUGUUGGUCUCAGAGGCAGAUGCCACUGAGUUUGGUCUGAAUGCUGUAGGCCCUGCCUAGCAGCUCGCUAGCUCUGCCUCCUGCUCAAGGGGUGGGAAAGACAAAUGUGCCCAGGGAGCCCUCUAAAAUGGCCUUAGUGGGAAGACAGGAAAGAGGGUGGCUGCAGAUUGUUGUCUAAGGAAAAAGGAGGCCAAACCGGAUGGCAGGAUGCGGCAGCAGCAGAUUUGGGGACUGGCACAGCUCAGUCUGAGAAGCUAAGAGCCCACGGAUGAUGAAACAAAGCACUACAAAAGCAGCAGCUGAAGCCCACCAGCUCAGCCCCCACAGCUGGACUUCUGAAAAGCAGAUCAUUGCAAAUGGGAAGGCACAGAAGUGAAGGACAUUAUUUCACAAUGGUAAAGAAAUCUAUGAGAAAGGCUAGCAAAAUGGUAAAGAAAUCCAGAGAAAGGGCACAUCCUUUAACAUGCCACUCCUUCCCUCUCUAAAAUCUUUGCUCAAUCCUAGGCCCACAAGGCCUCUCUCCCUUUCCAAAGCUCACUGCUUGCCUGACCUGUAUUCAGCACUUCAGCCAGUCAGUAACAUGGUCCUCCGUUGCCCAAGCACCCAGCUAUCCUUCCCCAAGAAUCUGCCAGGAGUUGUGUUGAUGGAAGAGACUCGGUUCUUACUCCUGGAGGUCUUGUAGUGCAGGGAGGUGUGCUGAGCCAGUGUGGUGGGUGAGAUUGAAAUAAUCUCCAAUCAAUGCGACAUUACUUGCAAAAAAAAUGUUUUUGUCAGGUAUUAUCCAUUGUAUACACAUGCUCCAUCUAGCCUCCACUCCAGCACUAGGAGAUGAAAUGUGACUGAGCUGAACUAAUUGUGAUCAUCUCACUCCCAUUGGCCGGGGCUGGUCCAGAAGUGGCCAUGUGACCCAGUUCUGGCCAUUGAUAUAUCAGUAGAAAUCUGUUGAGUGGAGCAAACACUCAUUCUUCUACGGAAAAGGGAGUAAUAAAUGUGUCCAGGGCUUAAUUCCUCCCUUUCUUGAUGGAAUGUGGAUGCGAUGUCUGGAGAUGCAUAGCCAUUUGAGCUCAUGAGGCCAGCCUGUGCAAAAGUGGCAGAACACACCUAGAGAGUGAGCAUGGGUCUCUGACAGCAUCGUUACCCAGUUGAACAGGUUACUUCCUGGCUUUGUGUUAGGUGGGAAAAAUGGCUAUUUUCUUACUAGCCCUGAAGUGCACCCUUAAUGAUAAUUUCCUAAAUGAUUUUUUUAACUUACAAAAAUAAUUUUCUUAGAGGCUCCAGGGGCAGCAGCGGUGGAGUGGGAAGUGGGUGCUGUCAUCAGGCCGACCCUCAUGUUCUGGUCCUGUGCUGGGCUUCCCCCGGUGGCGCUGCGGGCCAGGAGGGUCGGCCACCAGGCGUAGGACUUGCUGUUGUGACCAAAUAUAUUACAAAGGGCUGGAAAGAAGUCAAUGAAUUGUAUAAAGAAAAGGCACUUUCUGUGGAGACUGAAAAGUUAUAGAAGUAUCUGGAGGCUGUAGAAAAAGUGAAGUGUACAAAAGAUGAACUGGAAGUCAUUCAUCUAAUAGAAGAGCAUAGAUUAGUUAGGGAACAUCUUCUAACAAAUCACUUGAAGUCUGAAGAGGUAUGGAAGGCUUUGUUACAAGAAAUGCCUCUUACUGCAUUACUAAGGAAUCUAGGAAAAAUGACUGCCUUUUCAGUGCUUGAACCAGGAAAUUCAGAAGUAUCUGUAGUAUGUGAAAAAUUGUGUAAUAAAAAACUUUUUAAAAAGGCUCAUAUACAUCCAUUUCAUGUUUUAAUUGCAUUAGAAACAUAUAAAACAGGUCAUGGGCUCAGCGGAAAACUGAAGUGGUGCCCUGAUGAAGAAAUUCUGAAAGCAUUGGAUGCUGCUUUUUACAAAACAUUCAAGACAGUUGAGCCAGCUGGAAAGCGUUUUUUGCUGGCUAUUGAUGUCAGUGCUUUUAUGAACCAGAGAGUUGUGGGUAGUAUACUUAAUGCUAGUACAGUUGCUGCAAUGAUGUACAUUGUUGUCAGAAGAACAGAAAAAGAUUCUUAUAUAGUUGCCUUCUCAGAUGAAAUGGUACCAUGUCCAGUGACUAUAGAUAUGACCUUACAACAAGUUUUAAUGGCUAUGAAUCAGAUCCCAGCAGGUGGAACUGACUGUUCCUUUCCAGUGAUAUGGGCUCAAAAGACAAAUACAGCUGCUGAUGUCUUCAUUAUAUUCACUGAUAAUGAGACCUUUGCUGGAAGUGUCCAUCCUGCCGUUGCUUUGAGAGAGUAUCGAAAGAAAAUGGGUAUUCCAGCUAAAUUGAUUGUUUGUGGAAUGACAUCAAAUGGUUUUACUAUUGCGGACCCAGAUGAUAGGGGCAUGUUGGUUAAGUGUGGCUUUGAUACUGGAGCUCUGGAUGUAAUUCGAAAUUUCACAUUAGAUGUGAUUUAACCAUAAGCACCAGCAUGAUCUAAGAGGUCCAUGCCAUCAGUGAUCUCACAGAAAAUAUGCAGCUAUUCCCAGCUAAUUGUAAUCCAGUGAAAGAUGGUAAGAUGAUAGUGUAAUAAGUGCAUAAUGGAAAGUUUACCUUACCCAAAAACAAAAAGGAAAGAAAAACAAGAUGAGCCCAAAGUCCUUUCUAACUACUAAGCUAGCUUUUUGGGAAAUCUGUAGCUUUCUCUGUCUACUAGAGAACUUCUUAUUGAUAGACAUUGUAAAAUAAGUAAGUAGCUCAGUAUCAUACCAUGUCACUUGUUUGAGAGGCACUUAAAGUAUUCUCAAAAUGUUUUCAUUGGGAAAGGAUAGCUUUGAUAAUAUAUUAAUUACUCUGAAAUGCACUGGACCAUGUAACUGUGAUGGAAUAUGAAACUCAUUUGCAAACUUUUAUACUGAGGGGGUUUAAAAAAUUUUUUUUGACAUUUGAUUAAAUUGUAAAUGAGUUUUUAAAGACUCCUUUAAGAGUUUUCUAAAAUCAUAUAAACAGUAGCUUUCUUAUUCAGUAAAAAAGAUGUUGUUUCAGUUGUUUUAUUUACAAUUGUAGAAUUAUUAUUAUUAGCCAGAAACAUAAUGGAAACCCCUGAGAAGCAACUCUCAAGUUUGUGUCAGCUGAGGAAGUCUAUUUAAUUUUGUUUUUGUUUUGCUGUAUUUUAUUGCCGUGAGUUGGGGGCAUGACUUGAUGGUUUCUCAUGAACUGUAACAUAGCCACAUGUAAUCACACUUUCUGUGUUUCAUACUCUUAAAUGAAAGCAACUGUUUUAAGCAUUUAACAUCCCCACUCAUAAUCUAAAGUAAGACAAUUAAAUCAACUAUAACCGAGAUCUAAUUUUUUCCUUUAAAAUAAAUAUUCUAAUUACUUUGAA